ACCAGCAUCCCCAGAUCAGCAUCCGUUCCCAAAUCAGCAUCCGUUCCCAAAUCAGCAUCCCUUCCCAAAGCAGCAUCCCUCCUGGACCAGCAUGCUCCAAACAAGCACCACUUCCCAAACCAGCAUCCCUUCGGACCAGCAUCCCUUCCCAAAACCAUCUCCCAAAAUCUGCACCCUUUCCAAACCAGCAUCAAUCCCAAAUGACAAUCCUCCAAAUAAACAACCUUCUCUAAAGCAGCACCUUCCAAACCCUUAUCCCUCCCAAAAUUAGCGUUGCUCCCAGACCAGCAUCCCUCUGAAACCAGCACCUCUCCCAAAAUCUGCAUCCUUCCCAAACCAGCAUCACCUCCCAAGCCAGCACCCUUCCCAAAAUGUGCAUCCUUCCCAAAACCACAUCUCCUGAAUGAACAUCUGUCACCGAACCCACAUCCCUCCCCAGCCAGCAUCUUCCAAACCCACAAACCUCCCCAAACCAGCACCUCUCCCUGAAUCCACCCCCCAGCCCAUCCAGAGCCCCUUCCCAAGCACAUCCCCGGGCCCAGCCGUGCCCCUCGGAGCAGCCAAGGGUGGGAUUCACCAGCCCUGAGUGCUGCCGCACUGAAUCAUCUCAAUUACAGAUUUGCUUGGAUGCGAUUUGGGAAAAAAAAGGAAAAAAAAAAAGGAAAAACAACAAAAAACCCAACCCAUCCCUCUUCUUCCUCCUCCUCCUCCCCUGGGAAGGGGUGAUGGCAGCAUAAAUAGCAGCUCUCUCAGCACGGGGCCAGACGCAGCUGGAGCAGCUUCCCCUGGCACGGCCUCGGGCACCCUGCACCAUGGCAGAGCCUUCGCUGCCCCUCUCCUUCCUCUGCCUCCUCGCCUUGUCCUCCGCCUGCUACAUCCAGAACUGCCCCCGGGGCGGCAAGCGGGCUCUGGCCGACACAGCCCUGCGACAGUGCAUGCCCUGCGGCCCCGGCAACAGAGGGAACUGCUUCGGGCCCGGCAUCUGCUGCGGAGCGGAGCUGGGCUGCUACCUGGGCACGGCGGAGACACGGCGCUGCUCCGAGGAGGAUUACCUGCCCUCCCCCUGCCAGGCCGGCGGGCAGCCCUGCGGGGCCGGGGGCCGCUGCGCCGCUCCCGGCAUCUGCUGCACCCCCGAGACGUGCUCCAUGGACACCGCCUGCCUGGACGAGGGCAGCGACGGCGCUCAGGAGGCGGCGGAGGAGAAGAACCUGACGGUACUGGAUGGCUCGGCCGGAGAUCUGCUCCUCAAGCUCAUGCACUUGGCAAACCGGCAGCAGCAGCAGGGCAAGCACCCCCUGCUCUGAGCCAGCCCGUGGGGAGCCCCCCCUGUCCUGCCCCACGCCCCCAGCCCGGCUCUGUACAUACGAGACCCAAUAAAAGUCCUCGUGCACUGUG